AUGUCACUUCCUGUCGUGUCCUGCGGCCGUGCUCGGGGCACGUGGAGUGUCGGUUGGCGGUUUGAAGGGGUUAUGGAGGCGGCGGAGAGUCAGAGGGAGAUGGCAAGGCUGCGGCAGGAGCUGCGCGACAAGGAGGCGGAGGUGGCGGGGCUCAGAGCCGCGAUGGAGCAGCUGCAGCAGAAAUCGUGUUGUACCUUUGCUGAACCCAGAAACAUGUCUUUAGCUACACAAGUAACGAAGGUUGCUUCGUUGAGAGAAAAAUCAUCUCUCUCUCAAGAAGAAAUAAUGAGAUACAGCAGGCAGCUUGUCCUUCCAGAACUAGGAGUCAAAGGUCAACUCAACCUGUCCAAGAAAGCUGUUUUGAUAGUGGGAUGUGGAGGGCUAGGUUGUCCAGCUGCACAGUACUUAGCUGCUGCAGGCAUUGGUCGAUUGGGCUUACUUGAUUGGGAUGAAGUUGAGCUUAGUAACCUACAGAGGCAGGUCCUCCAUGGAGAAGAUAGAGUGGGUGUGCAGAAAGCAUUAUCUGCAGCAGUCACAAUAAAUCGGUUGAAUUCAAAGGUUGAAUGCAUACCUUACCACUUUCAAUUGAAUUACAAGAAUGCAAUUCAGCUUAUUCAACAAUAUGACAUUAUAGUAGAUUGUUCUGACAACGUACCCACCCGUUUUCUUGUCAAUGACACUUGUGUACUGAGUGGGAAGCCGCUGGUUUCAGCUAGUGCUCUGAGGUUUGAAGGACAGCUCACGGUAUAUAAUUACAAUGGUGGUCCAUGCUAUAGAUGUCUCUACCCAAAACCACCUCCAGCUGAAACUGUAACUAACUGUGCAGAUGGAGGAGUACUGGGUGUUGUACCAGGAAUUAUGGGAUGCAUUCAGGCUUUGGAGGUGCUGAAGAUUGCUUCUGGAAUAGGAUCAUCUUACAGCCAACAGAUGUUAGUGUUUGAUGCUUUAGAAGCUCGAUUCCGCAAUAUUAAACUUCGACCUAAACAGCCAGCCUGUGCAGUGUGCAGUAACAAUCCCACAAUAAAAGAAUUGAUUAACUACGAGAGAUUUUGUGGUUCAGCAGCAACUGAUAAGUGCAGGACACUUAAAUUACUACCAAAAGAACAAAGAGUAACUGUUGAGGAAUAUAAACAACUUUUGGAUCAAGUGGUCCCUCACAUCCUGGUAGACGUUCGGCCACAAGUAGAAGUUGACAUUUGCCGCUUGCCUCAUUCUAUUUAUGUUCCUUUAGCCAAAUUAGAGGAAAAGAAUGCGGACUCCAUGAAGCUUUUACAGAGUAACAUCACCAUGUGUAGAAAAGAAGCAGCAUGUGAUUCAGCCACAUUACCAGUGUUUGUCAUCUGUAAACAAGGAAAUGAUUCCCAGAAGGCUGUUAAAAUCUUAGAAGAGAUAUUGGACAAAGGCCUGGGCACAUUAUUUGUGAAGGAUAUCCAGGGUGGACUAAUGGCUUGGGCUCGUAAGAUUGACAAAACUUUCCCACAGUACUGAUUUUUAUAAAGAUGGGGAGAGAGAAAAAAAACAUUGAACAUAAAUUCUGAAGUUUUCAUAAAAAGCACUUGUUAAUGUUUUACAUUUUCCAUCUAUAGCUAAUUACUGUUAAGUGAACAGAUGCAAUGGAAGAAAUCCUUUUUGUCUACUCAUUGGUUUCUUUGUAGCUAGAAAAAAUAACCUGCACAAUGUUUCUGUUGGAAAAUAAAUCAUUCUAAGGACAGGUAAUAUCUAUGCCAAUUGUUGGUGUCUAGUGUCAUUGUGCAUUUAGCCUUUCAGUGAUCAGGUCACAACCAAUUAGUAACUAAAUACAGCUGUGUGGAAAAUCUCUUGGGUUAUUCGGUUAAUUUAUUUUAUUAUGUACUUUGUGUUACAUACCAACUCAUGUGGUACUGAAUUACUAAUAACCUAUGAUGAGGACUAAAGACUGACCAAUAAGUGGCAAUUGAUACAUUACAAAUAAAUGAAACAAAUGGACCAUACAGAAAUUCUGGCAAAAAGAGUUGAGACUGUGAACAUAAUCAUCAUCAUAUUGCUCAGAGCAGUUAAUACUCAUGCUAACAAUAGUGGAACUUGUAUCAACAAAAUUUGUCUUUGUUUAUAACUUUGCCGAAAUUGAAUAAAGCUUUCAUGAUUCUACACCUCAGUUAAUACUGCUUCUACAUGGGUUCUAUUACUGUAGUAUUGAAAUCUAUGGAUAAAAGGAAUAUGAUUUACAUUCUUAAUAAUUGGAUUGCAUAUAAUUUGUUUGCAUGGAUGGCUCACAAUUUCAAAUCAUCUGGAUGGAUAGAUUGGAAUCACUUUAAAAAAAAAGUAAUUCCUUUUAAACUGAAUUAAUUAUAUUUUCAGUAGGAUGGCAUCACAACAAUAGUACCCUUCAUGCAGAACACAAAAAAUGUCAGCUUUUAUUUAGGGUGUUCCAAAAGCAAUAACAAUCUACUGCAAAUGUAAGAUGUGAACCAGCAGCACAUUGUGAUAAAUAACAACUUCAUGAGGGUGAUUGCAAUCCUUUGAUCAUGUGGGAGCUAACGGACUGAUCGUAUGAUAUGGCAGUUAGUUUGGCUAUCAGAAUCAAUACACUUACCUAAGGUAUAAAUCAAAAAUAUACGUUAAACACCCAUUAUGUGAGAUACAUAUAUUGAACAGACCUGAUAAUUUACAAUUUCAUCAGGUUUGUUUGUUUGGGUAAAUUAUCCAAUGGAUGCCCAAUAUAAAACAUUUGCUGUUACCAAUGAGAAUAUCAUGUCUGUCAAGUAAUCUGUCCUUUGACAUUUAAUCAAUUGCAAUUUUUGUCAUAUUGUAUUCGUAUGU